AUGCACGCACAGAUCAUCUCCCGAGGUUGGAAUUGCCGAAAUUCCACGGGACAGCCACCGAAUGGCUAUCAUUCAAGUUUCGAAAAACGAGUUGCAGCAUUGAGCGACGAUGCUGACAAGUAUGCUUUCCUAAUCAAAUGUUUGGAGUACGAACCAGCUCGCAAUACAUGCGAGGCGCUGGAAAAUUUGGACCUACCGUUUAAUGAAGCAUGGGCAAAGCUCGAGGAACGCUUUUAUAAUAAGAGAGUAGCCUUUGAAGGUUAUUUCUUUAAUCUCCUCAAAAUACGAAAGAUAAUGAAACCGAGCCAAAGGGCUAUUCUUGGACUCAUUGACGCUGUUGACACUCUGCUAUCUGCAACGAAGCAAAUAGCAAACGAACCGAUUCGAGAAUUGGAUUCCACGGCCAGCGGGCUGUUGGUUUGCCUCGUCAAGGAGCGCCUGGACGAGUACACUCUGACUAAGGUCGAAGAAAAACUGGACCUGCAAAGAAUUUACAAGUGGAACGAAUUUAAGUCUGAAUUGGAGAAGUUGGCGAAUCAACUCUCCUGCAAAUCCGCAGCCGAAGCGGCACAUCAGAGUCAUAGACCAAACCAAAAGGUCGUGGCCACAACGGCUAUUAAAGCUAUUACUACCCAAGAAAGGAAGGGACCACAGCGGUGCUUCUUUUGUGCGUCAGAAGGACACACUGUAUUCGAUUGUCCUAAGCUGUCAUCCCUCAGCCCACAAGAGAGAUGGGAAGCUGUCAAAACCGGUGGACAUUGCUUCAACUGUUUAGCAAAAGGCCACCAAACGAAAGCAUGUAAAUCCACAAAAACUUGCCAGACGUGCAAGUCAAGACAUCACUCUCUGCUGCAUCAAGAGCGUCAGAGAGCCAUUCAGAGCACGACCCUGCCCAUUAAAGUUGAAGAAGCAACGGCAGGGACUAGUCAACCCAAAUGA